GACACGUGUGUAAUAUGUUAUGUGGGAAUGUGUUUUGAAUGAAAAUUGAAUUGAAUUUAAAUAUCAUUGGAUGUUACACUGUGUUGCUCUACUAAAGCUGCAUUCAGAGGCGCAGGAGGACGAGCAGUAACUUAUGCUUGCGCCUAUGAUAAUUUCAUCGCCUUGGUCCCUGUGAUGAAACUGGACUGAAUUCCUUCUUUCGGAUUACCCCGGUUUAAAUAUUCAAACUUGGCUGAAAGAGACUUUUGCAGCUUCUAGGAAGCAUGAACUGUAUCUACCAAAAAGUGUCAUCAAUCCUUUGACGAUUAUGUUUCGGGUAUAAUGAAAGUGAAUUUGUUGGGAAACGGCAGAAGCUGUUUGGAUUCGAGCAAAUGAGUUGCCAAUUCGCGGCGGUCAUAAGGAAAAGGCUAAAGAAGGAGAUCCAGGGCGUAUUGUAUUCGGUAAUUUCCGUAUCCUUUCCAAACACUUCCGAAGUUGGACUUCGCGAUUUGAGUAGAGAUCUACGUGUGCAUUAGUUCGCCUGGCCUCUUUGAGCGAUAAAGCAGGCCCAUAUACAGGGAUACCAAACAAGGAGAGAACUGAUGCUGUGAUUCUAUCACAAGAUGCUUACAUCUGCUAAAAAAUGACCGCAGACCGUCUUAGGUGACAAUUUGGCGUACUUCACCGGCCCCUAUGGCCAAUUCAAGGUUACCUCACAGAAUUGACCGUCUCCUAAAAGAAGCGACGACUCUGCUUCUGUUUUUAGAAAGGUGGCUGGUGUCGGAGAUUGAAAUCAACAGUCUGCGGUUGAAAUCGACGGAUCUGUGUCCGAAAAGGACAAUGAAUGUUGGGGUUGAUACAGUUGGUGCGGUGAAUACGAUCAGGAUUUGAGAGCUGCUAUAACAGAGGUAUUGGUCAUCAUUGCAGAGGCUUUUGAUGACAGUGGAUCCGUGGUAAACAGUGUUCUUGCCGACAACUUGACUCGUUUUGAUUUCUACUUCAUGCAACUGGCAGUCGAUGCGUUGACACGUUGGUUCAUUUGGCCUCAUGAUACGGCAAGGGUGUCUUUUAAGACCAGUGGCCAGAAUGAGUAAUAUGCUGUCAUUUUCAGCUGCUUUUGAUUCAAUGAUUACAGAGUAUGGCUCAACAUUGAGGUCUGCAUACAGUUAACGGUGAUUGCCUUAACUGUGCCUAUGGAUAUGUGCUGAGUGGAUAAUCGCAAACACACCAGAUGUGAAUACUAACGUCAUUAAGCAGAGCAGACUAUAGACCGUUAGACCAGCUGUGGUUUCACCGGCAGGACAGAUGAUACACGCGCCUAACGACACAUAGAUGAUCUUAAACCGGAACAACAUUGAAAGCGACCCCACGCGGACGAAAGUGGAAUUGCAGUCCUUUCAGAUACAAUGCAACGUGUGCUUGGACUUUCCAAUAGGAUCUUUUGUGUGAUAUAUUAGAUGGUAAGAGAUUAUUAUUGACAGUUGCAACAUCUUGUCGAACUCGUGUGAUUCUGACGCGCAAUUCAUUAUUGGAAUUUAUGGAAAACUCAUGGAGAGUGCCUAGUCUUUCGGAGUGUGCUACACUGAAAUAUCGAAUUUGUGACUGAAGAGACUGGGUAGAAAUUUGGGAUAUAACUAAGGAUAAACCAUCAACAAGACAGUUAUCAAUUAGCUUCAAUUUACAUGUGUCUUAAGGGCUGUAAGGGUCCGCUGGAGUCCUAAAAGUAGAGUACAGUUCCUACGUUUCAAUACAGCUUCCACGACGACCUAUGGAGUGAUUAUUCACUUACUAUUGAUACAACCUUCCAACUUAAGAAGGACGCUCGCUGAAGAAUCGUUCCAAAAGGCAUAAUAAGCGCAUGUAAUUGAUAUUAAACAAAAAAAAUCGCAGUUAAAUGUUUCAAAAGGGACUGACUUCGGCUGAGGAGUAACAUGAAGUGAGGAAUCACUACAAGGGAUCAAUAAAGGACCGAAAUCUUCACUUUUUAUCAUUUCGUUAAGGACUCAUUUCCAGGAGAUGUUCACAAUGGAUCCCUAUCCAAACUUUAGAUGCAGGUUUAUAUUGAAAUAUGUGACAUUGAUUGCCUUCGUAAUCACAGUGUUUGGCACGUUGUACAUGAUGAGCAAGGAUGACAUAACACGGGAAUCAAGAAGUGAGUACAAACAUCCAUCCGUACACAUUUGGCAUCCAAAAGCCGGAAGUAAACUCUCCAAGCUACUACGCCUGCGCGAACAGAUGGGUGCUUCCGCUUACCGUCCCGUGAUGCCAGGUGUUGCUUCCGGCAUGAAGUUCUAUUUCGAGAACGACAGCCCCAUGGUGAGAUUUGUAUUGAAGAGGUACCCGCACUACGUGACGCUGGCCAACGCCCCAAAGCCCACCAUGGUUCUGCCAUUGUCCAAUAGGAGAUACGAAGAGGGACUUGACACGAUAGAAUCGGCGCAACGCCAUCUGCCGAGGGACAAAAUAAUGGUGUAUAAUCUUGGAUUGACUUCGAAGCAAAAGUCAACACUGGUCAGACUGUGCAAUGUGAGGUUAAUCGAGUUCCCGUUCCGCAAGUUCCCGCCAUAUGUUCGUCUGCUGAUGAAGUUCCAUUGGAAACCGAUUUUGCUACAACUUGCCUUGAACGAGUAUGGGUCAGUUCUUUGGUUGGAGUCCUCCACCCGGCUUACGACUGGUGACCUAAGUCAGGCCAUCAAGGAGGCGAAAGAAACUGGCAUCAAGAUCUUUGGAAUCAAACACGCCUACUCCACGUACAGCGUGACCCACCCUGGGAUGCUGAAGUACCUUCCAACAAACAUGCGGAGGUUGAAAGUCAGCGGGCAGACGCAGACGGCACCGAUGAUAAUUUACCACACGAAAGAUAUCGAGCGGAAGUUCACGAAAUGGUUGGUGCUGUGUGGGUUGGAGAGGUUUUGUUUGGCGCCGCUGCUGUCUAAGCGGCGCUGCAAUGGACUGAAGACCAAUAAAGCUUCCAAGCAUGCGCGUUAUUUAAACUGUCAUAGAUUUGACCAAUCGGCCAUAAACAUUCUUUUGAAGAAUAUGUUUGAUUAUGAUACAUCUAAGUUUAUUUCGAAACAUAGCUUCUCGGUUCUGAAAAGGGGUCCAGCAAAACACUCGAAGAAUCUAAAGUACUGCAUCGGUCCGGCAAAAAGUGAUCCUCAUCAGCAAAACAAGAUUUUGGCUGUUGAAGCUCAUCUUGCAGCUGGGAGGAAGCGUAUUAAGAAACCAAAGGUCAAGGAUAUUCCAGUACAUAAGGUUCAAGGUCAAAUCAGAGGUCAAGGUCAAGGCCAAGCUGCAGCUAAAGUGCGGAAGGCACAAAAGAAGAGGGAACCCGCUAAAGAUCCGUCAGUGAAGGGUUUCCUGAAAAAUAAGGCGCGGAAGGCCGUGAAAAAGCCCAGUGUAGAAAGCCCUGGCUCGAAGAGAAAUCGGCGGGAGGCAGUACAGGGAAACGACAGCCAUAAAGAUGGCAGUGGUAUUAAAAAGGCGCCAUUACCUGGUUUAAAGAGGCCAAAAUCACAAGUUCUGGGCUUCCACGACAAAGUGCAGGCUCGACUCAGAUAUAUCCGAAGAAUGAGAAGGAAACGGGCGUAUCAGGCUUACAUAAACCAGAAAAGAGAACAGCAAUUGAAGGUAAUUCACCCACCACCGCCACAACAACAACAACAGCAACAGCAACAGCAACAUCAACAGCAACAGCAGCAACAAGAACAGUUUCAGCAACCAGAACAGCAGCAACAACAAGAACAGCUUCAGCCACCAGAUGAAUAAUGGGGGAGGUUGAUCCUUGAUUCAUCAUGGCCAUAUGUUGUGGGUAUGAUAUGCUGUUCGCAGUUCUCAUGACGAGUUAAGAAGUUGCAUGCCGUUGGGAGACAACGAGGGGUUUGUAAGUUGUCGAUUUACAAGAUACGGCAGGAAUUUCCCCCCGAAUCAUCCUCUCUUGAAACUUUAUCAUAGAUUGAACCGUCAUGGAGUCGAAGAGUUGAGCCGACUUGGGCGGUCUCUCAUCCUUGGCGUCAACUGCAUAAUGACAGUCGAGCCGCGGAAUGAAUUUCGCACCCAGUCGCCAUCAUUGAAACAGUGCGACCGAAAUUAAAGUCCUUCUGGAAUGCAAGUCUAAAACACUUAUUUUUUAUCAGGAUUGUUAUGAUCAUCUGGUUGACGUUAACCUGGACGACAGAAGUCUGUCCUAUUGUUUUGGAGAUAUAUACCGAGAGGACUAUGUUUCUCUCACAUCGCAUGUAUAGAUGGUGACACACGGCAAUUUCGGAUCGAGCUCCAGAAGUUCUUCUUGAGCUAUGAAUGCAAUCAGCAUUUGAACAGUUUAAUGUUUUCUGUUUCUGCUUUUAUUUCGGUGCAGCAGGCUAUGGGACAAUUUUAUACUUUUUUCUUUCCAUCCUCAUAAACAUUCCUGAUCCCACAUUUUAUAAGGCCCAAAACUUUUUUUUUUCUUUGUAAUGAAAGGGAAGCGCUCGAAGGUUUUUAAAACAAGUUUUGUCCAAUGUGGGUGUGUGUACUUGGGUGUGAGCCAAAUCACUGAGCCUUGAGAUGAGAUGGAAUAUUUCUGACGAGUUUCGGAACGCACCAAAACGCACCGCAACGACAAAACGCGCCACGAUGAGCCAACACGCGCGUUAUAUGAAUUGCGCCAUUUUUGGUGCUACAAGAGGUGUUAGAUGCAAGCAGAAUUGUGUGCUUAUUUCAUUUGUUCGUGGUGUAUCUGGAUUUUACAAACUAAGGUACUCUCAAAGUUGGAAAUAAAAUUACUUAGAAUAAUUUAUCAUAUA